GUUAUUUUUCAUGCUACAGUCAUGCAAGUACCGUCGACGCGUUGCCUUAUCACUCGUUGAUAACUACCUGAAAGUAGCCUCGGUUCAGUGUAUUGUUACCUGUCUCUGUGAAAAGGUGUUCAAAUAGUUUUAAUAUAGUUUAAAUUUCCUAGUGCUUUAAAAUGGCGCAAAAUAAUCUAGAAGUUGGCAUGCGGUGCAUAAAAUAUAUGCUGCUAUGUGUUACAGCCAUGUUUGUGUUAACAUCGGCGCUAAUAAUCUCAGUGGGCACGACGAUAUACGCGAUCUACUACGAUGUGUCGUUCUUCCUCGACUCGCAGCUGUUCUCGCCGGCCACCUUCAUCAUCGUCAUCGGAGUCAUCAUGCUGUUCGUGUCGCUCUUCGGGUGCAUCGGCGCGUUGAAGGAGAGCACCUGCUUGGUCAACAUUUUCGCAGUGGUCCUAAGUCUGGUGCUAGUACUGGAGAUUUCGGCGGCCAUUGCUGCGUACGUCUUGCGCGCCCAAGUGGCGGACAUGCUGGACCAGAACCUACGCGAGACCCUGCCCUCAUACUACACGAACCCUGAGGUCGAAGACGGCUUUGACUUCAUCCAGUCAAGACUCAACUGUUGCGGAGUAGACAGUUACUUGGACUGGGGAGACGUCCCAUCUGACGGACAUUCCGGCAUUGCAGUCUCCAACAUCACAGUACCGUACUCUUGCUGCGCGCAGACCCGCUACGAGAUCGUCGGGGAAACCGAGGUCCAGGAGUGCUUGAAGCUGUACGCCAACGGAUGCCUUCCGAGGAUCACUUACUUGAUCUACCAGAGCGCGGGGCUUAUUGGUGCUGGUGCUAUGACUAUUGCAUUCAUACAGAUAAUCGGCAUAGUGUUUUCAUUCUCGCUGGCCAGUGCCAUUCGAAAGGCGAAGAAUGAGCGCGAGCGCAGGCGGUGGGAGAUCCAGGAGCGCAUGAUCAACGCUUACACCUCUCUUAACCCUGAGAAAGAGCAAAAGCCAGUUGUCUACGUCCCCUUCCAAGGACAAGCUACCGCUUAAAGCCUGGAAUCACUGUGAUUUAAUACAAUUCGAUUUUUGUUAGUGGCAAUAAAUUUAUAUGACCGUUGGUAUUAACAUGCUCACGAAUCACAUGUACAUCCACAAACACAUGAGCAGCAUUUAUCUUCACGAUAGUUUCGUCUUCUAUAUCAAUUGUUGCAACGCUGGCCAUACAUGAUUAAUCAAUCAAUCAUUUAUUUGCUGUAAUAAUUUAGUUAGAAAGUAUCACAACAUUUGCCAUGCAAUGGUGUUGCAAAUAUAUUUUACCUAAUAGUAAAUGGUAAAUACAAAGUUCAUUACAUUGUCGACUAUUAAUACUACUAAUAAUAUUAUUUUAAUGUUGAUAAUGCGGAAUUGAAGCGUCAUUCAACCAGUAGGUAAACUUGACGGUGUAAUCGGUUAAAAUUAGACGUCUAUUUAACUACGUUGCACGCUUGAUCGUGUAUGUUAAGUGAAAGUUAAGUUUUUCCAUUCAUAUACAAAAUAUUGUACCUAUCCUGUGUUGUGAACAAAAGUUGCAGUAAGUAAUAAUUAUUUGUAAAUUAAGGAUAGAAAAUAAUUGAACCAAAUCAUGUGUAGGUAGGUAUUUAUUGUUUUUAAGCUUUCAAUUUCAUAUAAAUAUAUAUUAUAAUAAUCGGAAAUAUAAAAAUAUAAUUUCUUAUCUACAUAAAGACUAAAUAUUUGGACAUUUAGAUAAAUGGAGUCAUAUAUAGUUCGCGACAGGUCGACAUGGCAAUCAUUGCCGAGUCGACCUGUUGCGUACUAUGGGUAUAUAGUUAUCGCAAGGUUGGUUUAAUAAUAAUAAUAUUAGGUACCUAAUCAUAAGAGUUUAGGAUCAAUGUUUGUUAAAAUUUUUAAAAAUGUCACAAAACGUAUUAUACCUAUAGUUACCAUUAAUAAACUAAAUAUAAUUUA